UGGUCUGUCAUCGAUGAUGUGAAUUGUGAUUAACAAAUAAAUAUCGCAGCACUUGGCUCUUGCAGUCUUCUUCGUCCAAAAGCCCUUAUCUACUACACUGCUUCUUGGUUGACUUUUUCUUUCACAUUUUACUUCCCGGCAAACGACCUGAAAAUGAAGAUCGACGGCGGGGGACACGAUCGCGACGAAGACGGCGAUGAAAGCCGACCUGCCAAGCGGCAGCGAACACUAUUUAGUGAAAUUAUCACCCGUGCUACUACUCUUCUUCAACCCUCCAGGUUUUUCCAGCGCUUCCUCCCUAGAUUCACCCGCUCCCAUCUGUUCUACCCGCCGUCGCCGUCGCGGGAUAUAGUUCCUCCUUCUCCUUCUUCGUCGAUUGUUCUGCCUCCGAAACACGACGUCUUCAUCAGCUUCAGAGGAAUUGACGUUCGCGACAAUUUCCUGAGCCACCUCAACUCGUUCCUCACACACCAGAAGAAAUUCGCUGUCUACAAAGACGAUUCAGAUCUCGAAAGAGGAGAGGAGAUCUCGCCGUCGCUGUUGGAGGCGAUCGAGAGAUCGGCGUGCUACAUCGUGAUUUUCUCCCCCAAUUACGCUGGUUCACCGUGGUGUUUGGACGAGCUCGUGAGGAUCCUCGAGUGCAGUGAUCGGUAUGGGCGGCGGGUAGUUCCGGUGUUCUACGGCGGCUUGGACCCUUCUUAUGUCGAAAAUCAAACUGGAAGCUACCGGAUACUCCCCAAGGGGGAGGCGGUUGACAAAAUUCGGAGUUGGAGAGCUGCGUUGACUAAGGCAGCUGGCAUUUCGGGCUUCGAUUCACGAGUUACCAGACCUGAAUCAAUCCUGAUUGGGGAAAUUUGUAAAGCUGUGUUACAAGCUCUAUCCGGUCAAAUGGUACCAGUUUCAAAUUCGAUUGUUGGUUUGGUGGGAUUAGAGAGAAGGAUUAAUAAGAUUGAACACUGGGCAACUAGUGGGGGUAAAAAUUUGACUAUAGGAGUGUGGGGGCCGGGUGGCAUCGGGAAGACGACUCUUGCAAAGGCCUUCUACGAUAAGUUCUCAAGUCAAUUCGAAGCUUCGUAUUUCUUGAGUAACUUCUCGGAUAAGUUAAGUGGUUCAUCACAGUUGCGUGAUGACUUGCAAAAUGAUUUGUUCUCUGCAUUGUUGGGUGAUGAGAAUGCAUGGAGAAUAUCUCAGGAUUUGAAAGAACAUCGGCUUGGUCGUACGAGGGUUUUGGUUGUCAUUGAUGAUGUGGGUGAUGAUAUUGGAAACAUGAGACACUUGAACGAAUUGUUUAAAGGACGAUAUUGUGAUUUAUUUGCAUCGGGAAGUAUAAUCAUUUUGACAAGUAGGAACCAGCAAGUUCUUAAGAAUGUGUGUCAUCAUGUUCAUGAAGUGGUGGCUCUUGGUGACAAUGAAGCUCUUCGGCUAUUCUGCCUCCGUGCAUUCAAAGAGCAUCAUCCUCCAAUCGAGUAUGUGGAGUGGUCCAAGAGAGCUAUCACUUAUGCACAGGGUAACCCCUUAGCUCUUACUAUUUUAGGUUCACAUUUGUAUGACAGGGACCAAAAUUUUUGGGGUAUCGAAUUGAAAGCGUUGGAGCGUCACCCAAAUCAAGCGAUAGAAAGAGUCUUCCGGAGGAGUUAUGAAGGACUCGGCCGAGUAGAGAGAAAUGUAUUCAUUGAUAUUGCAUGUCUUUAUGGUCGAUGCCAAUUCAAUGACAACGAGUUGAAAAAACUAUUGGAUGGAAACUAUGUUGAACAUGGUGGGAGUGAAAACCUUAUAAUUAACUUUAUUGACAAGUCUAUGUUAACAACUGUCUUCGUCUUUCCUGAUCAUCGUAUCGUAAAAAUGCAUGGGCUGCUGAGUGAUUUGGGUCGUAGAAUUGUCAAUGAAAACUUCCGACUUGAUAGACGUUCAUGGCUGUUUGAAGCUCAAGACGUAUAUAGUUUUUUUAAACAAGGCAAGGGCAGUAAAGUCACUCGAGGCAUUAGUUGGGAUAAAUCCAGUGGUGAGUUAAGGACAGAGGCAAUACACAUGCAAUCUGAUGCUUUUGUGAAGUUGGAAAAUCUUCGAUACCUUGUGAUACGUAAAUCUGAGACAAAAUUUGUUCUCCCCAAGGACGGUUUGAGAUGUCUACCAAAUUCAUUGAUAAUUCUUACAUGGGACGCAUUUCCAAUGAGAUGUUUACCACAUGAAUUUUGUCCGGAGAAUCUUACAUCAUUGUCUUUGCCUUCAAGCAAAGUGAGAAAACUUUGGGACGACACACGGAAUAUGGACUUGAGAAAUUUGAAGUUCCUUGAUCUAAGCAGAUCUAAAUACUUGAAGAAGUUGCCUGAUCUCUCUACAGCGAAAAGACUGGAAGAAAUCAAUCUUCGUUUCUGUUUCCGCUUGGUGGAGCUUAGUUGGUCGAUUGUGCAUCUACCCAAACUUGAAGUCCUUAAUUUAGAGAAGUGUACCAGCUUGGAGUUGAAUGCAGUGGGAUAUUACACAGAUGUCAACAAGGACGACAAUAUGGCUGCCAUUUUCCCGGAACUAAAAAGAUUGAACCUAAGUGGGACAUCAAUUCAAAACCAGAAGUUGGAGGAGCUGAGGAAGUUAAAGGGGUGCAACGAAAUUUCGGCCAAUGAUCAAGAGCUUGUUCAUUUUCGAGAUGUAAUUUUUCAGUCGAAAGCUCUUGAGGAGAUCUGUUUAUCUAAUUGCAUCACGUUGAAGGAACUUCCAAAAAUCUUGGUACCCAUGGAAGCUUUAACACUAUUAAUUCUAGGUGGGUGCACCAGUCUAUCACGACUUCCAGAUAGCAUUUGUAAUCUAGGACAUUUAAUUUGGAAUUUCUUACUCUGCCUGGUACAGCAAUCCGAGAACUACCAGCCACCAUUCACAGGCUAUCCAAAUUGGUUACGCUCGACUUGUCUGGUUGCAGUCAACUCAGUCACUUACCGGAGCUUCCUUCAUCCUUGACAAAGUUGGAAGCGUAUUGCUGCACCGCACUUCAAACCAUGUCCAACACUGGCGGUGGGGAUGUUAUAGCUGCGAGUUAUUGCCGGGGGGUUUCAAUGUAUCCGGAAGACCACGGUUUAGAUGACCAGGGAAGUAACCUGUUAAUAUGGUAUGAUUCUGAGCUUAGCUGGAUGAGGGAGGUUUUAGUACCUCUGGAUUCUUCUUCUGAAGGUAAGGAGAUCUCAAUUAUGAAUGACGCUACCAUUAAAUUCGUCUUUCGUGCCACGCGCAGAGACCGUUUUGGUGUUGUUAAAGGACCAUUCAUGGUAGAGAAUUGUGGGGUGAUACCAGUUUACGAUAACAGAGUAAUAGUAGUAGAUGAUGACAGACAAUUGAUCUCCAGAACCUCCACUAGCUAGACAACAUAGUUAGAGUGUAGAAUUUUGAUAAUACAGAAUUGAAAGUGUUAUGGGACAAUCCAAGUAUCACAUCGAUAAUACAAGGGAAAAGAAGUGUCUUUCUAGAAAGGUAACUUCCCUUUUCUAUGAAAGGAUGUGUCUUUUCGGGAGAGGUAACUACAUUUUUCUGUGAAAGGAUGUGUCUCUUCGGGAGAUAACUUCUAGUUUUCACAACUAUAAAUAGAUGAUUGUCAUAACUCUUUUGAUGA